CAGCGGGGCUUGCAGUAACGCUGUGCGGUCGCCAGAUGGCGGUCGAGACCGCAGCUCCGCGGGCAGUGCCGGAACAGGGCGGAGACUGGAGGGCAGGCGGGUCUCAGUGCGGGCCCAGGAGCCCCAGACAAGUGACCCCGUACUUCGCUACCUCCUGGCUGCAUCAUGAUCCAUCCCGCACCCCGGCUCUCGGUGCCCGCCGCGCUGGCCCUGGCCUCCGCCGCACUGGGCGCCGCUUUCGCCACUGGCCUUUUCCUGGGAAGACGGUGCCAUCCCUGGCGAUCCCGGCGAGAGAAGCGCCUGCUGCCCCCUGAAGACGACCCCCUGUGGCAGUAUCUACUGAGCCGCUCCAUGCGGGAGCACCCGGCGCUGCGGAGCCUGCGGCUGCUGACCCUGGAGCAGCCGCAGGGAGAUUCGAUGAUGACCUGUGAGCAGGCCCAGCUUCUGGCCAACCUGGCGCGACUCAUCAAGGCCAAGAAGGCACUGGACCUGGGUACUUUCACAGGCUACUCAGCCCUAGCAUUGGCCUUAGCGCUGCCCCCGGCCGGACGCGUGGUCACCUGUGAGGUAAAUCCGGGGCCCCCGGAGUUGGGGCGGCCCCUAUGGAGGCAGGCUGAGGAGGAGCACAAGAUCGACCUUCGGUUGAAGCCUGCCCUGGAGACACUGGAUGAGCUUCUGGCCUCAGGGGAGGCCGGCACCUUCGACAUGGCGGUGGUGGAUGCGGACAAGGAGAACUGCACUGCCUACUAUGAGCGAUGCCUACAGCUGCUGCGCCCCGGAGGCAUCCUUGCCAUCCUCAGUAACUCAGCUCGACCUCACCUCUGCAGUGGAGGCUCUGCUCAGUGGACAUCACCUCAGAACCAGGCCACUUGACCUAAACCUGAGGACCUCAAGGUUGGAGUAUAUAUCCUGUCCUCCCCCUGAAGUCCUUGAGGAAGGUGAGGGACUGGGUGGGAUCACUGGCCAGAAAGGAGUGAAACAGACAGGCCUAUAGGUAGGAGACUAUCAAGUAUGGCAGUUUUUAAAAGUUCCCCACAGGAAGAUGAAUAUAAAGUUAGGCUUUCCCACACCAACAUCUAUGAGAGGAGGUGGACAGGGAGCCAGGCCCUUCACUCCUCUCAUUUGGACUUCCCUAAUCCCAGUCCCACAGAAGUCCUACAGGAAGAUCUUAACUCCACGUCACAGGUGAAGGUCAAGGCAGAUAUUAAGUAUUCUUCCACUAACUGCCUCAGCCUAGAAUACAGUUAGGUUUUGCAACCAGGGUUAGGCCUGGGUCCUCUAAGGCUGGAGACUGUUAGAAACAAGGCCACAGGAGCGCCUGGGUGGCUCGGUGGGUUAAAGCCUCUGCCUUCG